UGAGUUCUUCAUCAGUUUUCACCAUUUGGAGCUCAUCAAGCAAACUAAUCCACAUUAGAUAUGGACGGGAUCAUACAUCUCGUACUUCUUCUUUACGGGCUUUGUCCUCUGUCCUCAUGUGUGCCCCAGCGUCAAUACAUCUUAGUCAGAAUGGCAAAAACCUGGUAUGAGGCCCAGAGCUUCUGCAGAGAGAAAUGUUUUGACCUGGCCACCAUACACGACAUGGGAGAGAUGGAAACAGCUCUUACAGCUGUGGAGGACAAACACUAUGAUGCAGCUUGGAUCGGACUUCAGAAGGUGCCAUUUAAGAGGUGGCACUGGUCUCUGGCGGACAAACAUUUCUACAAGGAAGGAGAACGAAACUAUUUUAUUUGGGGGUGGAAAACAGACGACAACUGUGUGUUUUACAAAAACGGGAAGCUGUAUUCAGCUAGCUGCCCAACCCUGCGAUAUUCAAUUUGCUUUGAUGGCAAAGAACAAGGUAGAGAUCAGUACUUUCUCACCACAGUAAGAAUGAGUUGGACCGUUGCUCGAGACUAUUGCAGACAAUUCUACACAGACCUGACCAGCGUGAGGAACGAUGCCGAGUAUCAGAUCCUCCAGCAAGUAGCCGGUAACCAGCCGGUGUGGGUUGGCCUCUACAGAGACCACUGGGAGUGGUCGGACCGAACUUACUCCUCACUGAGAUACUGGAAGGCUUCUCUGAGCGUUUACACUAAAAUGAAACUGUUUUUCUUUUCUCCGACAGUUUUUCUGAUCUUCAUUAAGGCAAUGGAAAGCAUUGUACAUCUACUUCUGCUUCUCUCAGGACUAUUUCCUCCGUCCUCAUGUGUUCGUCAAUACGUCUUAGUCAAUACUCCAAAAAGCUGGUAUGAAGCCCAGAGCUUCUGCAGAGAGAGCUAUGUCGACCUGGCCACCAUAGAUGACAUGGGUGAGAUGGGAGCAGCUCUGACGGCUAUUGGGGAGGAAUACAGUAAGGUGUGGAUCGGACUACAGCAAGGGGAAACUCAGGAGUGGCACUGGUCCCUGGCAGACAAACAUUUCUACAAGGAAGGAGAACGAAACUAUUUGAUUUGGGGCGAAACACCAACUGACAACUGUGGAUAUUUCCUAGAGGGGAAACUGUAUACAAGUUUCUGUUACAACAAGAGAUACUCAGUUUGCUUUGACGAAAAGAAAGAUGGUCGUGAACAGUAUCUUCUUACUGCAAAUAAGAUGGCUUGGAUUAGUGCUCGAGACUACUGCAGGACUAAUCACACAGACCUGGCCAGUAUGAGGAACGAGAUGGAAAACCAGUUCAUCCGGGAGGUAGCAGGUGACCUCAGGGUGUGGCUCGGUGUCUACAGAGACCCAAUGGUGUGGUCUGACCGCACUUACUCUUCGUUUAGAUACUGGAAAGCGGGCAAACAACCUACUAUUAGCACUACAGGAGAAGACUGUGUUGUUGUGGUAAAACAUGAGUCUGAUCGAUGGACAGAGCAGCCAUGUAAUGAAGCACAUCCGUUCCUCUGUUACGGUCCCGUUAUGAGCUUAAUUAAGAUAAGACUCAGCUCAGAAGACCUGGAUCUAAAUGACCCUACAGUGCCAGAUGACCUACUGAAGCAAAUCAAGCAGCUGCUGAGUAACACGAGUGUGAAUGAUGUUUCAUGGAAAAAGCAACCUGAUGGACAAGUUUUUAUCAAGGAACCAAACAGAAGUGGCUAAACAGAAAGAGAAGAAUCAGAGAAACACUUUUAACUCUAAGUUUUACUUGUAAAAUGUGUUUUAAAUCGUAAUGACGUUCACAGUAACAAACGCACUCAGAACCAAGAGUACCAGCUUUACUGAGCGUUUAUUUAGCUCUUCUUUGGGUUUUACAGCACAUUUCACAAUUCCCCCCCUUGCACUAUUUUAUGUCAUAUUCUCAUUUAGCUUUUA